CGAGACAGGGCAGACUUGAUAACGCGGCAGCCGGCGGCGCACACCCGGACCCGGGUGCACCUGUCCGCGCGCGAACUCGAGUAUAUCCGCCAUCUUGACGUAAUAUCAUAAAGUGAGAUCGCACGAACGACCCAGCGUGUCGAGUGGCAAAAUUCGGGCCGAACACGGCUGAUUUGGCGAAAAUAAGUCUCGCGCGAAUCUGGCAGGCACGGCGGCCAGUGCGGCGGGCGGCAAGUGUGUCUGCACGUUUGGCGAUGAGCGCGCGCGGAGAGCGGGCGGGCAGGCUGGUCGACGGCACAGGGCACAGGGGUGAGGAUAAAGCCAAGCCUGCGGGUGCCUUAGUCUGUGUCGCUGGCUGCUAGCUCGGGCCACUCGCGCUGCUAACCUCGCUCGCUCGCUGAGGGGCUUAACGUGUGCCGUUUCCACCUAGAUACUGCCCCAACGACGUGUUGUGAGCGCUCCGACGGGCAACGCUCGGCCGCCAAGGGCCAAGAUGUGUGAUUAACCCUCUGAGAGCACGCAGGAUUUUGUCCGCGGAAUGGCCAAAAUUCUGAAUAAGGACCCAGUCACAUACCAAAAGGAACGUGACGCUUUUCUCAGAGAACUGCACCACUUCCACGAUGGACGAGGGACUCCGUUCAGACAGAUUCCCCGAUUACACGGCCAUGAAGUCGAUUUGUAUUUGCUGUACGUGCUUGUGACCGCACACGGAGGAUGGGAGAAGGUAAAUCAAAGAGCAGAAUGGGACACGCUCCUGGAGCAGUUCUCGCUGUCCUCCUUGUGCGUCAACGGAGGGGUGGCGCUGAAGCAAAUAUACAUCAGGUAUUUGGAGCGUUACGAGAGGGUCCACUUCAUGGGCGAAGUUGCCGACCAGGAUGAGGACCCUGAAGAUGCUCACAAUCGGCGCUGGUCAGUCCGCGCGAUUCACAAUGUUCCUCUCACCUACAACCACCACCACCAUAACAUCUCAGAAUCUAUGCGAAGCAAUGCAGGUCUGUCGACAAACCUUUUCAAGCCAACAGAAUAUGAUCGGCUGGCUCUGUCCCUCCUGUCACCGCUUCCUAAUGAACAGGACUAUGCAAUUAAUGUGUGCACCCUGUUGUCAAACGAGGGUAAACACACGCUCAAGCUGGACAGGUGUCCUCGUCUCAUUGAUCUUCUAUUGGCACAUGCUGGUGUAUUCGCAGAAUCAUCGUUAAGAAACGCGUUUAUGGACAUGUUUCGAAAAGCUAAGUGCCAGUCAACAAUGCGUUUCUGGUCGGACGUAGUCGAAGAGAAAGACUUUCUUGAAUUGACUGAACCUCCUCCCGUGAAAGAAUUUAGCAGCAACUAUUGCCUUCCACCUACUCCUUCGUCCUUGCCGGACAACUUGUUGGACAGUGAAUGUGUGCUCGAGGAAUCCGACCUGAACAAAUGCGCUGAGGAGCUGCGGGACAGAGCCUCGCCACCAUCCACAAAACCUCCAAGUGUAGUGCCUGAAAACGAAACUGCUGACGAUUGCACGAUGGUUGACUUGAGUGAAGGUCAGAGUGCAGAAGUGCCCUCCAAUGACGUCCAGCAAGACCCAGUGACUGACCCUUCUGAAGCUGCCUGCGAAACGGACAGUUCUGUGCAGAAAAUGCAAGUGGACAAUGAAAAGACUAAUGAUGGGCCAAGCCAGACGCCUCAGGUUGAGGGUGGUGAAGGUGCGCCAGAUGGCGAAAGCGCGCCAGCUGCCAACCCUAAGGGCGGCGCUGACCCAAUCAAACCUGAGGAGGUGGACGCUCAGCCCCCUGAGGGCGAAGUGCCCUCCAAACCAGAGGUUGAAGUGGAAGUGAAAGUGGAAAAACCGAAAAUUCGAAUGGUUGAAGUACCUGAGGAUGAAAUUCCUCAGCUGCCCAAACCAGAAGGAGAAAGUUUAUUUUGGUGCGAUCCAGUCGAUUACUCCAAAUUGGGACCUUUGGUGGAUUUUGGACAGAGUGAAAAGGACUUUUUAUGCCUGGGCAGAGGGCUGGGCGUGAACGAGGUUUUGGGUCAACGGGUGCUACAAAUUGCUACUAUUUUGAGGAAUCUCAGCUUUGAAGAGGAAAACAUUCCUGUCUUAUCGAAGAAUGCGUCGUUUUUGAGGUUUGCCCUCAUCUGCACACAGUCCAAGUGGAAUAGACUGUCACAAAUGGGGCUUGAUAUGUUGAGUCAGGUGGCCUGCGAAAUGGUUUUGGAAGACCCUCAAACCGACACCUUGGCAGCAAUGCUCUUGUCUACCGUCACAAAGGGGCUCUCGUCGCCAGACCGCUUCAUGAUUAUUUCUUGUCUUGAGAUAAUCAACAAGCUUAGUCAGAACGAGGUCAAUGAAGAACUCAUGCUCAAGUUGGUAGAGCAGAAGGUCUACGACCAAGUGUGCACCUUCCUCACACUCCACGACAUCAUGUUGCUGAUUUACACCUUGGAGUGCCUCUACUCACUCUCCUCGCUUGGGGAAAAAGCCUGCAACAGUAUCUGCAGGGUCCAUGGUGCUAUCGACACUCUAGUUUCCCUUAUCACAGUAGAGGCUCAGAGCUAUGGGCCUCGAGCAUGCAUUUUGAUGCGAGUUGUUGAGCGUGUGCCUGAGCAAGGAGGAGUUGUGCACGCCACCAACAACGUUGUCAUGAAUGCUCCCAUGCAAUCACCUCAGCUGACUCAGCUCACUACCAUGAAUGUCACUCCCGCCGCACAAACAACUGUUGUCACCAGACAAGUGUUAACACCUCAGAGGCCCAUCCAAGCCAUGCCUCAGCCAACCCCAGGUACCACUACAAUUGUGAUCCAAGCGCCACAAGCACAAAUAGUGCAGCAGCAGCAACAACAACAGCAACAGCAGCAAAUUCAGGAAAAUGAGCAAUACGGCAUGGCGUGGCUUAGGGCCAACUAUGAACAUUCGUCAGGUGCUGCUGUGGACCAAAAUGAAAUGUACCAGCAGUAUGUGGCUGCUUGCUCUAAAAUCGGUCGAAGAGGUCUACCAUCCUUUCAGUUUUCGCGGCUAGUAAGGACCGUCUUUGGAGGCUCUGUCGGACCAAACCCGAAGCCGUUGACGGCACCUGGUGGCACCCAGGAGUUCCAAUACGUCGGAAUAAAGGUGCGAGCUAGUGGUGUGCCCCCUAUAGCUUCUGGUCAUGCUGUGACCAGCACCCAACUGCAGCCCACCCCAUCCCCCGCCCCUGCCACUGUAGCUGAAAAUGCCCCCAUAACACCAGUUGCCUCCGCGGGGGCUGGCGACUCUGCGCUAAUCGCGCCGUCGCCAAUUCUUAAAGCCCAGCUUAGUGCGCCGUCCAAACCUGGUGUUAAGGUGGACAGCAAGAGUCAGGUGAUGGCACACCCUCACUUGACGCAGGCUUUGUUGGGUAAUGCACAACAUCCAGCACAGAGACCUACAUCAGGUUCCCCUUCACCAGCCAAUACCUCCCAAGGAGCCCAAUCAACAUGCUCUAGUUCCCAACCCACACCCUCGUCCUCCUCUUCCUCCUCGACCCCAAACACCUCCCUAAUCAAGAGCCUUCUGGCCUCAAAGGUAAACACUGCCCCGUGUAUUACAUCAACCUCAGUAGUUGAGAGCAUGAGCAUGUUGAACGUCGUGACUACCUCAUCAGCUACUAAUACCACAGACGCUCAACAGGUAGCUCAAAGGCAACAAAGGUUGAUGCAGCAGCAGCUCCAAACGGGGCAGCAGGUGCACAUAAUGAGCACACCUACGCCACCGCCACCCUUGCAGCCCAUCAGCACUGGGAUGACAUCCAUGAAAUCGGCCACUAAGACUGUAGAAUCCGCUGAGCAGCAGCCUGUUGUCGCCAAAGUCAACGGCACCAGAAGCCUCUUGUCACCUGAAAUACAAACAGAUAACAGCAUGGACACAACAGACAACAGCGCCAAAGGCAACGCCCUUCUACCACCUCCUCCGCCUCAAAAAUCAACCAAGAUUGAUGAGGAUUCAAACUCCGCAGCAUCCACGGCUAAUUCCAUCAUGUCAAGUGGAGGUGGUGUUUCCACUGACGGAGAUGGGGACAACAGUCUCACCAGCUUUGAAGGCAUUCUACUAAACGGCAUGCCUCACAACUUGGACAUCGAUAAUGAGUCCAUCGAAGAGGUGAAAACGACCAAUGGCAGCACGGAAAAGCCCAAAGCUAAAGGCAUGCUGGCCGACCUGCUGGAAAAGAAGGUUGCCUUGAAGGAGCCCGUGAUUAAUGGUGUUAUGAGCAAGGAGAUUAGGAUAAGUGAGAAGGGCCUUGAGGUGGUGGAAAGCAAAGUGGACGUUUCAGGAGACGGCAACCAAACUGCAGAGCAGACAAAGCAGGGCCUGAAACGACCAGCGCCUGCACCAACCCCACCUCAGGAGGCGAAGAAAAUUUGCCUGAAUGGUGAAGUCAAGGCUGAAGCAGUGACUGAAUCCAAAUCGGAACCAGAUAAUUCGUCCGAGAGUGCAAGCUCUGUUGAAACUGCGACAGCUACUACCGCAGCCACUACCACUCAGACGCCUGUAAUUGUUUCGGCUGGGUCAAGACAAAUCAUUGUAACGCCCGGAAAUAUUCAGCAAGGUCAGGUUGUCAUCUCCCAGGCAUCUGGAACACCUGUCAAAGCACAAGUUCUGGUUCAGCAGGCGGGUCAGCGCCAGGUGAUUGUUCAAAACCAGCAGCCAAUGCUGAUCAACUCGACCGCAGGCGGCGGUCAGCAACUGCUGCUCACCCAGAACAACGGUCAAACCUUUGUUGUUGGUGCUCCUCAGGGUCUGACUCAAGGCCAGACCUUUUUGCUGGCACCACCGUCGCAGCAGCAGGGCUCAAAUCAAAAGACCAUCAUCAUAUUGCAUCAGCAGGGCCAAAAGAUGGGCACCCCGGGCCAACCAAUGAUGGUGCAGCUCCCCCGAAGUGCAAUUCAGGGCGGCGCCUCUGGCCUGCAGAGUCUGAUGCUGACCCAAGGUGCGGGCGGCCAGAUGACUGUAUCCCUUCCUGGCUGCAGUCCCAUCAUCGCCAGGCCGGUUGACGCCUCCAACAGCGGCGCCCAGCAGCUGCUCAAGGUGGUGGCACCCACGCAGGUCCAAAGGCCGCCUGCAUCAGUGGCUUCCACCCUCUCUGCAGCAGUUGCUACAAGCACAGCGAGUCCACCUGUGAAUUCCACAAGUCCAGGCCCUAGCGCCACGACCACAACCACUGCUGGUGCGCCAACGUCAACCACCUCAACAACGACACCUGCCCAGCCAGUCCCGACGGUUCCAGUUUCACCUUAUGUUUGCGAGUGGAGGGGUUGUAUGAGGAUAUUCAAGUCUGCUAAUGAGGUGUACAUGCAUGCCUGCCAGAGCCACUGUCCGACUGGCCCUGAGGAUGUGCAGUGCUUAUGGGAACGGUGCGACAAUCUCAAACGAAAGAGGUUUUCCCUGAUGACUCAUCUUUAUGACAGACAUUGCAAUAAUGAGACGAUGAAGGCGGUGGCUGCGAGGAGAAAGCAGAUGGCUAUGAGUGGCAAGACAGAAAUUCCUGCUCCAGCCCAACCCCCUCCUCACCCUGGCUACGCUCCAAAUGCUGCUCUUCACGCGAUCAAGCGGCAUGCUCUGGAGUUCGUCAAUCCAAAGGAGUUGAUGCAACGAACAGCUGCAGCUGGAACGACAGUUGCUUCAACUGCCACUACUUCUGUCACUUCCUCUACCACAGACGCAGCUCCUUCCAUAAAGACGGGGCCUCCGGUCCCGCAAGUUACUCAAACCAUUCGCCCCAUUCAACAGCCUGCUGACACUAAUCCUUCAAGACGACUCUCGUUCCAAGAUGAUAACGAAGGGCCUGUUACAAAGAGUAUUCGCCUAACAUCAUCAUUAAUACUAAGAAAUCUAGUCAUCUAUUCAAACACUGGCAAGAGGCACUUACGGAGCUACGAACCUCACCUGGCAAGCAUUGCACUCAGCAACGUGGAAUCAUCUCGGACAAUUGCGCAGGUUCUGUACGACAUGAACCAGGCAUCCAAUCAAAGCUGACCAGCCACUCUUUGUGUCAAUCAUUGUUAAUUUAUUAUUGUACUUCCCCCUCCAUUUAUCGGUCUACAUAUUAUGUGUCAAUUGCAAUAAUGAACUAACAUGUAUUGCUCUUGGCUGCCAGGUAAAAUGUAAUGUUGAUUUUAACAAAUAAUUUUUGGUUAGUGAACAAAGCAACAACAAAAUUUUGAAUGUGGAAUUGACUUAAUGUUGUAUUGCAUUUUAGUUUAAAUGGCAUCUUAUAAAAUAAUUAUGCUUUGUGCUUUAAGGUUUUUUACAUUUUUCUUGUGGGGUAGGCUCACCGUUUUCAUUAAUUACGCUACAAUCGAUUGUUGAUGUAUGAAAUACUUCUUAUCAUGCCAAAGACGAACUGCUGUUGUUGAGAGCAUAAUAAAACAAUGUUGGAAAUCGAUCACGUAAACACUUCUGUUGCGCACAAGUUGUAAAGCAAAUUGGUUUUGGCAAACUGGCUUCAACUGUGAGCCUACCAUGUCAGUAUUUUGCUGUUAAGCUUGCCCAUGGAAUGAUGAAACUUUUCUUGUGAUACGAAAGGUCUAUUUCAUGAGUGAGGAGCUCUCUUUCUCUCUCAGCUAACCAAAAGAAUGUCUCGAGAAUCCACACAAGCUUUUCAAAUGAAUGAAUUAUUUGCUUUGACCUAUGCUGGAAAUACAUUUGUUAUUUUUUAAGAAAAUAAAAUACUAUAGACUCUUUUA